CACUCUCCGAGAGCGACUCGAGACUCAAGAACCCCCUCCGCACCGUUUGUGGGAACGCUUAGAGAAGUAGCCGUACGUUAAACCAAAGGAACGACGACUUGGAUUGAGCGCUUUAACCGGGACCACGAAGGAUUCGCGUCGAAGAUACGGAACCAAACCUGACAACGGAUGGCUGAUGCAUCGAGGCCGGGAGGCAGACGAGAUUCUACUUAAGGCUCGUCGGGAUCAAUCCCCGCCUAGAGGCCUUCUCUCAUCGGAACGGGAGGCGUAGCGACGAGUCCACCGAGAGAAGCACUCGAGGAAACAGAAGCCUCACCUACCUCAAUGAGCGAACCCAUCCCCCGGCGCGAUUUUCCUGCUGAUCCUCCCAGAAGAAUGACUCCGAGAAGCUGAUCGACAGUCUCCAUCGGGAAUCUGGCCUGGACAGUAGGAGAUGGGCUCGAAUACCAUGAAAUGUCCUCGUGCUAAGUGCGACCGAGUUUUCGCGAGCAGGAAGAGCUUGCAAGACCACCUAUGUCGACACGACGGCAUGAAGGGAUUCCCGUGUUUUGUCUGCGCGAUGAAGUUCGUCACCCUGGCGGAAUUGACCGUACAUCUCCGUGUCCAUAGUGGAGAGAAGCCAUACAAGUGUCCUAUCUGCUCUGCCAGCUUCUCUCAGAAAGGCAAUUACUCCACGCAUUUGCGGGUGCAUUCGGGAGAAUCACCCUUCGCCUGUCAGGAAUGUCCCGCGACCUUCAAGAACAAAUCCAACCUCAAUGAACACCGUCGUUGUCAUACCGGCGAGAAACCUUACGUUUGCGAAGCGUGUGGGAAGGGCUUCUCACAGACGGGUUCUCUCGCUGCUCAUAAGACGAUACACACGGGAAUAAAACCCUUCAAGUGUGAUGAUUGUGGAAAAGGUUUCAGCACGUCCAGCUCUUUCACCAUUCACAAGAGAGUACAUACCGGAUCCAAACCUUACGUCUGCACUGAGUGCGAGCGGUGUUUCUCGCAGAAAACCUCUCUUCACCGGCAUGAGAAAAGCCACGCCAGGCAGAAAGAAUUGAUCGGGUAGAAGACAAUAACAUUCCGAACCCACGAGGUGCGGCGUUCGCUGUAGGAUCUCGCGCAGCUCGUCAUCAAAUACUGGAAUGCGCACUUCCCAUCC